UUCAUUGAGUUGCGGCGACGGCUGAACCUGAGAACCUGGCGGAGGCUCACCCUCCGGGUCCCCAGGGGGCACCUUCUGGAGAGCCUGGCUGGCUGGGCCAGGGCGCAGGGACAGCAAGGAGUCCCGGGAACGGGGCACGCGGGCCCCGAAAGCACACACCCACCGGCCUCGCUCCCCGUGGGUGGAACUUCCCCGGCCACGAGCAGCGCGGUGGGGGCGGCGGUUCCCCCUGCGGAGGCCGAGAACCGCGCGCACGAGGUUCGAGGCGCGCGGCGAGCGCGGCGGCCGCCGCCUCCUCCCCUCCCCGCCUCCGCCGGCGCUGCCUCCUCCCUCCGCCCGGCGCGGCCUCCCUCGCUCCCUCCCCUCGUUGCUGGCUCCGGCGGCGGCGGCGGCAGGCGGGGAGGGCGUGCGCCGGCCGAGAGGUGUCUGCGACGAGGAAAGGGAAGUUUCAAGUGGAAGGUCGUCCGUCGACCGGCACGUCCUCCUGCUCUUCUCCGGCAGCAUCAUGGCGGAGCCGAGCGGCUCGCCCGUGCACGUCCAGCAGCCCCAGCAGGCGGCUCCGGUGACAGCGGCGGCGGUCCCGGCGGCCCCGGCGGCCGCGACAGCAGCGCCGGCCCCGGCGGCGCCCGUGGUCCCGGCCCCGGCCCCGGCCCCGGCCCCAGCCCCGGCCCCGGCCCCGGCCCCGGCGCCGGCGGUCGGCUGGCCCAUCUGCCGGGACGCGUACGAGCUGCAGGAGGUUAUCGGCAGCGGAGCUACUGCUGUGGUUCAGGCUGCUCUAUGCAAACCCAGGCAAGAGCGUGUGGCAAUAAAGCGGAUCAACUUGGAAAAAUGCCAGACCAGCAUGGACGAGCUAUUAAAAGAAAUUCAAGCCAUGAGUCAGUGCAGCCAUCCCAACGUCGUGACCUAUUACACCUCUUUUGUGGUAAAAGAUGAACUUUGGCUGGUCAUGAAAUUACUAAGUGGAGGUUCAAUGUUGGAUAUCAUAAAAUACAUCGUCAACCGAGGAGAACACAAGAACGGAGUUCUGGAAGAGGCAAUAAUAGCAACAAUUCUUAAAGAGGUUUUGGAAGGCUUAGACUAUCUACACAGAAACGGCCAGAUUCACAGGGAUUUGAAAGCUGGUAAUAUUCUUCUGGGUGAGGAUGGUUCAGUACAAAUAGCAGAUUUUGGGGUAAGUGCAUUCUUAGCAACAGGGGGCGAUGUUACCCGGAAUAAAGUCAGAAAAACAUUUGUUGGCACCCCGUGUUGGAUGGCCCCUGAAGUCAUGGAACAGGUGAGAGGCUAUGACUUCAAGGCCGACAUGUGGAGUUUCGGAAUAACUGCCAUCGAAUUAGCAACAGGAGCAGCGCCUUAUCACAAAUACCCUCCCAUGAAAGUGUUAAUGUUGACUUUGCAAAAUGAUCCACCCACUUUAGAAACAGGAAUAGAGGAUAAGGAAAUGAUGAAAAAGUAUGGCAAGUCCUUUAGAAAAUUACUUUCACUGUGUCUUCAGAAAGAUCCUUCCAAAAGGCCCACAGCAGCAGAACUUUUAAAAUGCAAAUUCUUCCAGAAAGCCAAGAACAGAGAGUACCUGAUUGAGAAGCUGCUUACGAGAACACCAGACAUAGCCCAAAGAGCCAAGAAGGUCAGAAGAGUUCCUGGGUCAAGUGGUCACCUUCAUAAAACCGAAGACGGUGACUGGGAGUGGAGUGACGACGAGAUGGAUGAAAAAAGUGAAGAGGGGAAAGCAGCUUUUUCUCAAGAAAAGUCACGAAGAGUAAAAGAAGAAAAUCCUGAGAUUGCGGUGAACGCCAGCGGCAUACCCGAGCAGAUACAGUCCCUUUCUGUGCAGGACUCCCAGGGCCUGCCCAACGCUAAUGAGGACUUCAGAGAAGGUUCCUGCGCUGUGAACCUGGUUUUAAGAUUAAGAAAUUCCAGAAAGGAACUUAAUGAUAUACGAUUUGAGUUUACUCCAGGAAGAGAUACAGCAGAUGGCGUUUCUCAGGAGCUCUUCUCUGCUGGCUUGGUUGAUGGUCAUGAUGUAGUUAUAGUGGCUGCUAAUUUACAGAAGAUUGUAGAUGACCCCAAAGCUUUAAAAACCUUGACAUUUAAGUUGGCUUCUGGCUGUGAUGGAUCUGAGAUUCCAGACGAAGUGAAGCUGAUCGGGUUUGCUCAGUUGAGUGUCAGCUGAUAUAUGUUCCUUGAGGUGCCCUGAUCUGUCAUGCCUCCCUCACCACACUCCCCCUCAACCUUUCCCUCCCCACGUCCUCCCACCCCCUCACUCCCAGUUCCCAGCAAAAUCUGAAGAUUGUGAAGAGGCCGGCUUCGACGAAAUGGGAUAAAAAAGAAUUUUUUAAAACUUAACACUCCGAGUUCUGCUUUAUUCUCUAGCAAGCCACAGUAUAAGAACAAGCAAAUGCCACAGCUGCACGACUGUUGCUCAUUUUUCCAAAAGCUAUUUAAUAUUCUUAGCAAUUAAUUCGGAUAUCCCUUAAGUGAAAAGAAUCUGAACUAUACUCAGGUGGUCCUAUUUAUUGGCAACCAAGUGAAUUUUUUCUAUCAGAAGCUUUCUUCUUUCAUUUUUGUUCUUUCUGUUAUACUUUAACUGUGUAUCUGACAAUGCUGCCUCUUUUAUGUUGUAUUUAGAAAUUAAUAUACUUAUAAAAUUAAGAUUUAUUAGCCAAACUUGAAUUCUAGUUUUAAAACUGACUGUGAAUUUUAUUUUUCAUAUAUUUAUGCAUUACACACCUUAGCUAGGAAAAGAAAAGUUUUUGAUUAUAUGCUUCUUGUAGUAAAUCUCUUGUUAUUUAAACAAAAAAAGUUUUCAGGUCUAUCUUUGGGAGUAUUUAUAACUUCUGAUUUUUGAACUGACUGAAUUAAGAACUAGGAUGCUUAUUCUUUCGGUUUGUUGGCCUAAAAACCAAUCCCCAAUCUGAUUGUCUCCUGGGAGAGGGAGGUGCCUUGCAAACUUUCAUCUGAAGAAUGUGCCUGAGGCUGCUUUACUCCUGAAUAGCCUCAGAUCCAAAGCAUCCUCCACAUACAGUGGCAUCUGUAAGCGUUGCUUCAUUGGAACAUUUAGAAAGCUCUACAAAAUGUUGCCAUUCUGUUAGAUUGCUACUUAUGUACCCAUCUCUGAUUUGACUUCUCCUUAAAUGUUAGGAUUUGUUGGCUCAAAUGUGAUAAACUUGAAAAUAUCAGAAUCAGAGUUUUACUUGAAAUUCUGCAGAACACCCAGAUGGGGUAAAACAAACAAAAACAGAAAAGGUUUUGUGCAAUGACUAAAAAGGUGAAGUUGCAAGAAUAAAUACUGUCAACUCAAGUAGCCCUCUGCUGGACUACAAUUAAUGUAAUUGCAAACUUGGGAUUUUCAAAAUUGGAAUCAAAACUUUCAGGGAGGUGGGCUCCCGGGAUGGUACCAUUUGCUCUUUCCUUGCUAACCCUAGAUAUGGCAGCUCUUUAAUGUCCUUUAAAAAGCAAAUAUAUAUUACUAAAGAAAACAAAGUUCUUUAUAAUUGCCUUGUCAUAAUGGUUAAGGUGUUCCAGAGCCAUUUGCAUACAAUUUAAUGUAACAUCAUUCCAUUCUAUUGUUUACACAAAGAUUACUCAAAGAUGACUGCAAAGGUAAAAGGAAAAUAAAAGUGUAUUGCACAAAGAAA